AUUGCAAGAGAGGGAGCGGCGGUGGAAGGCUUGGUGGGGCAGAGGAGGAUGAAGCCAAGAGGCAUCAGGAUGGGGUGGCUCUGCAUGGCAGUGCUCUGCUGUGGAGCUGCUCUCAUCCUCAAAAAAGAGGAGCCAGGGCACCAAAGCACCACGCAGCGUGAUGAUGUCCUGGAACACGUGGGAGAACCCACCACAACCGCUGAGGAUGUGGACAAGUUGACAAGGUGGCCAACAGCCACCCCAAUGCCUCCUUGGACCGCAGACACCAUCACUACCUCCAUGCCGACAAGACCAGGCGCCAUGGGGAACAAAACCCAAAAUACAUCGGCUGUUCCCAUCAGGUACUGGUCCCCAGCCAUUUUUGUGGUGGUUGCUCUGCUCGUGCUCUUCUUCACAUACCGGCAGACCAAGGGGGAAGGGACCCAGGACCAAGCCACCCCCGCUAGCGACUCUUCAGAUUUGGGAGCCCUGGACCAUCUCCCUAUCCAGGACACCACCCCAAUAAUCCCUGCUUCCCAGGAGGAGGAGAAGGGGCCAGAGAAACCCCCAGAGCACACUGAAACCACCUUCUGUGAGCCAGAUCCCCCACCGCCACUGCCACCCCAGGUAUUUCACCCCUAUGCACUGAACCCCAGUACCUGGCAGGGGGGUGUGCUGCUAGCUGAGUUCCAGUCCCUCCAGCCCAUGCAGGUCCCUGGGGAGGGUUUGUAGCCCCCCCAGCACCCGAUUUUGCUUCUUUCCCAGCCUGAUACACCCACAGUCGCUGGUGGUCCCUGCUGCUCCGGGGAGCCUGGUGCUGUCUGAGGGCACCCAGGGGAUCCCAGUGGCUUCCAGACACCCCCAGGGACCACGAGGCCACUCCCGAGGGGACUGAGCCAGGAUGAUGCUCCCAGCUGGAGGCCACGCGGCAACCAGGGUGCUACAAGCAUCAUGUGCCUCCUCAGCCCUUCCUACGGAUGCUCGAGUGUGUGCCCGAAUCCUGGUGGGAACGGGGACCUGCGUGGGACAGGAAACCGCGUGGGAUGUGGCCAUGUGUGUGCUGUUAUUGCUGUGCCCCACGUGCAAGGACAGAGGCUCCGGGUGUCUGUGCUGGGCAUGGCCGAGCCAAUAAAGCAGGAUUUCACCCCAAAACCCCUGGACUUUCUCUGCUGGGACAGGCAGCCCCCCCUGCCCAGCCCAGCCGUCACUUUUUCCCCCAUGUCUGGAAACGGAUCAGAGGCGGCUGGCAGCCAGCCCACUCCGAGAUGGCUGGGGGAAGGAGUUUCUUGUGCUGCCUCCGUUAGUCACGGAAAGGAA